AUGCAGACGGCAAAGGUGAAGAUGAAGGACGCGGUGAGCUCGGCCAAGGAGAAGGCGAAGGAGGGCACGGCCAAGGCGCAGGGCAAGACCGGCAAGGCCACGGCGACCACGCACGGCGAGAAGGAGAUGGCCAAGGAGGAGACGCGCGCCAACAAGUCCCAGGCCAAGGCCGAGAUGCACCAGGAGAAGGCGGAGCACCGCGCCGAGGCCGCGGCCGGGCGCCACGGCGCCACGCACGUGCCCCUCACCGGGCCGCACGGCCACCACCGCCCCGUGGGUGCAGGUGCAGGUGCAGCGCCUGCCGCCGCCGACCCUGCGUACCCGGGCACCGGCGCGUACCCGACCACGGACAAGUACGUCUAG